UUGAUUAGGCAAAACUUGAAAUUUUUAAAAAAUCUGAAAAAAUUAAUUUUUUGUUUUCAUUAUAGCAUUCUGGUUUACUUGUUACAGAUUACAGAAAUGUCAACCGGCGUUGUUAUACGCCUCAGAAAUCUUCCCGUUUCUGCGGGAACGAUUGAUAUCCGUAGAUUCUUUAGCACCUUAUCAAUUCCGGAUGGCGGGGUUCAUAUUAUCGGAGGAGAAGACGGCACAGCUUUUAUACUAUUCACCACAGAUGAAGAUGCUCGCCAAGCUAUGUUACGAGAUGGACAAAAAAUCAGUGGUGAUAAAGUCAAACUUAUGUUGAGUAGCCAUACUGAAAUGAGACUGAUGAUUGAGGAGAGCCAGCGAAGGUACGAGGAAUUGAGAGGUUUAAGACCACCGGAACCACCUAUUACUAAUUUGACAAGUCGAUCAUCAGCCACUGGAGGGGGUGCACAAAAAGGCCAAGCCCAACCAGACACUGCCGAUACAGUUUCUGAUUUAUAUUGUGAAAUGAAAGGCAUGCCUUAUAACGUUUCAGAGGAGGAUAUUGUAGAGUUUUUCCAGCAUUUACCAAUCUCAGCGAUACGUUUUAUGCGAGAUGAAAAAGGCCGACAAUCAGGUCAAGGAUUUGUAAAAUUUAAGUCUCCAACUAGUAAACAACAAGCACUCAAAAAAGAUCGUGAUUUUCUUGGUCCAAGAUUCGUUCGUGUUAUACCUGCCACAGAACGUCAAUGGGUAUCAUCUGGAUCUCAGAUGUGUGAUACAGUACGCCCUUCAACUGAUGAAUAUAGCAGAAAAAGGGGCCAAAAUUCGACACCGACGAAUGAAGGUACGCCGAAGCGGUCUCGAGCUUUAUCACCAAUACGCUGCGAUAAUUGCGUUGAGUUACGCGGGCUGCCUGUGACGUCAUCUUACAAAACAGUUCAAGACCUUUUUUAUCAUUUAAAAUUUGUUGAAGGCGGACUUUUUCUUGAAUUGGAUGGUAAGCAUUGUCGGGGUCGUGCGUUUGCUGAGUUCAGCACAAUUGAGGAAUAUAAGGAAGCUCUUUUAAAAGAUGGCGAAAUGAUAGAAGGAAAACAAAUUCGCGUUAUUUCGAUUUCUCGACAAGUUAUGGCCGAACAGAUAAAACAACAUAAAAAAUACUUGAAAAUGAAACGAGAAGAAGAAUAUAAACGGGAGCGAGAAGAAAUUGAACAUAAAGAAAGAUUGAAAGAAAGGCAAAUGAAAGAAGCGCAGUACGAAGAACAGAAACGUAAGGAUGAAGAAGAACAAAAGAAAAGAAGGGAAUAUCAAAUGAAAAAACAGCGAGAAAUGGAGGAAUGGUUGGCACGGCAACAUGCUAAAGAAGAAGAAGAAAGAAAACGUAGAGAGUUGGAUCGACUUUUUGAACAACGCAGAAUGCAAGAAGAGGAAGAUCGUGCUCGGCGCGCAGCGUUAGAAGAAAAACGCCGACGAGAAGAAGAUGAAUUAAGAAGAAAAGAGGAGGCAGAAAUGAGAGCGGAAUUUGAAAGGAAAAGACAAAUUGAAUUACAAAGACUCGAAGCUAAAAUUAAAGAAGAGGCUGAAAUGAGAAUUAAACAGGAAUAUAUGAAAAAAGAACUGGAAAGCAUGAAUCAGAAUGGAAAUGUAAAAGAAGUCGAAAUGGAUCUUGAAGACCAGAAUCCGAGCCCUGCCGUGCCGAAAGAGGAAUACGUUGAAGACUACCCUCCACCACCGAGUGACGCUCUUCUGCCUGUUAAACCCGCAACGUCUCAAUACUCCUCCGCUUCGAGUGAUUCUGGUUUUUCACAAUUUUCUAGAGGUUCAUCUGGCACUCCACAACUUCGUCCUGGUGAGCCGCCGCUAACAAGUCACGCAUCAGUGCAUCCGUAUCAACCAAUGGCGUACCAGCACCGGUUCACACCCCCGCCUCCUCUACCUAGCCCUGGUACGACUUCAUUGAACCCCCCGGCAUUACCACCAAGCACGGCACUGCCACCUCCAUCCGUGGCACCACUGAAACUCCCCACGGCACCGGCAGUGAUAAUUGCUGCCACACCUCCGCUCCAGAUGUUGACAAGCUUGCCUCCACCCCCGUUGCCACCAAGUAUCGGGUUAGGUCCUGUUGUCAGACUCCCGAGGGCACCGAACCCCGCGCUCCCACCAAGAAUUCCAACCCAAACUGGCAGUGUGGUUGCACCUGUUACAUUGCCGCCACCUAAUGGCCGAUUACCACCGACUUCGUCUACCACAGAAGCAAGACCGCCAGCUCCCCAAAUGCGGCCGCCACAACCGAAUGAUCCAAAUAUUCCCACAAAAUUUGUUAGAAUUGCAAAUUCACCUUUCACGAUAUCCGAGCACAUGAUUCGUGAGUUCUUUCAUGGACUGCCGAUCGCUCCCCAUGGUGUUCAAUUUGUGAUAAAAAACGGAAAACGUUCCGGACACAUUUUCAUAAAAUUCAUGCAUGAAGUUGACGCUGAGAGAGCAUCAAGACAAGACAAAGGUCAUCUCGGAGGUCGUGAGGUUCUCGUUCAGAAAACGAAUCCCACACAAAUGACGCAAUUACUGAGAAAAUUCGAAUCUCGUAAUUUGGAAGAUCUAUUUCCACUCUCAGAUUUCGCUGGUACAGCAACAGCAAAUUACAAGCCACAGCCACCAGGGGGAGCCAUGGGGCUACCACCUAAACCUUCGCAUAGAGAUGAUCUUAACCUAGAAAUGAAUAUUUUAGUAGAUAAACUAACGUGUGUGAGACUUGGUAGCGUUCCGCCACACACUAUCCCAGAAGAUAUAAUGCGAGCGUUUUCUGGCAUCAGCAUAAUGCCAAAUGGAAUUCAUAUUCUACAUACGCCUGAUGGUAAAUGUAACGGAAAUGCUUUCGUUGAGCUUGUAACUUCAGAGGAUUGUGUACGAGCAGCGAAUCUUCAUGCUGUAGCUCAAAUACAUGGAUCUUUGAUUCGAAUUAUGCCAGUUAGAAAUGGGGAAAUGGAAAAAGAAAUAAUGGAUCAUAAUAUGAAAGUCUUCGGGCGCCCACCGCAUGGACCCCCAUUGCCGUCAAAUUUACCCCCACCACAUCCUGAUGAGUUGCGCUUACAGAUGCCCCCUCGUCAAUGCCUGAUUUACCGAGAGGCCCAAUGGAUAUGUUAGGCCCACGUCCUCCACCCCCUGUUCGGUUUCCUGAAUAUGAUUUAGCUUUACGUCACCCUGAAAUACAUGGGCCCCGAUUCAAUGCCCGGGAACCCCCUCGGCCCUCACUACCCCCAAUGGAGCCACCUGGUGGUGGAAGA